AUGAGUGAUUUCUUACUUCUUGACCAUGUAUCAGAUUCUCAAGGUUCAGGAAGUGAAUGGUCAAGUACAAUCUCGUCUUCGGUUUCUGUCGUAAAGACGAAAACCAGCAUUUCUAAAAAUAAUCAUGAAUUUGGGAAUUCUAUAAGUAACGUCAAAUCCGUGAACGGUCUUUCAGUGUCUUCCAACAGUUCCGUCGCUUCUUUACCCAAUCCAAUUAAUGAGAGUCUUACGCGAAAUACUUCUUUUAAACAUAUUGGAGCUGUCGAAAGUGGAAACGAUGUACAAACGGUGAAUAAUGCUUCCCCAAUAGCUUCUACUUCGAGACGUGAGUUUCGUCCGCGACGCCCUGAACAAACGAUGCCUUAUACUUACGACUUUUUGAGACAUAAGCUAGAAUUCAAAAAGAUGGGCUUAGCGCCGAUUUCUGUUCCACAUGGCACUGAGCAUGCAACAGAACAACGAUCGGUAGCCCAUAGGCCAGUUAAUGUCAUAGUAAGGGGAACCAUAAAGGAGAAAGAAUCUCCCAUUGAUGAUAAAAGGGAAACGGAAACAAAAAUUCAUAGGACGAGGAAGCGACAUGGUAUAAUUCUAUCCGACAGUGAUGAUGAGCCUUCAAGUAGUCAUAGUUCGCGGAAUUUCAAGUCGAAUGACACUAUCGCGGAUGAAUAUAAAGCUUCUCAAAAAUCAGAUUUAACUCUCUCGCAUGUGUCUGACCAAGACGACGACGAAGAUGCGGAAUCGUCAUCCUCUUUUUCUUCAACAGGUUCUAAUACCAAGGUACCACCAUCGCUUGAUGUCUACAAAAAAAGACUAAAAGGAAUUCUUCCCCCUUCUUUUUUAACAUUACAGGGAAAAAGAAAGUUGGAUAAAGAAAAUCCAAGCUUCGAACUUCAUGAUGCUCAUAAUAGCAAUCAAGAUUCUAUUGGUGUAAAAAAAAAAGGUAUCGUGAGACGGAAGCUGAAUCAAAAUAGGACGAAAAGUUUAUCUUUUGGAAAGCCUUUGGAUGAACAAGACCACUAUGAAAAUAAUACUCCUUCGUCGUCUCCCAAAGUCCCACAUUUUGAUAAGACAGCUUUUACGAACUCUCUCACUAAGGAAAGCCAAACGAAAAAUCAAGAUGAACAAGACCCUUCUUUGCUUGCAAAUAUUUCCAGCAUCCCAACCUUCCGCUCUGCGAGCUUCCCUCAAAGUCAAAACGAAGACCCAGAUGAUUUUCCCAGAAAAAGAAGAAGAAAAAAUAAGCGCAGUUUUGUUGACUUAGGCUUAUUAGCAACGCAUACUUAUAACACAACAGGGAAACCGGCCCCAAAGUUUCUACGUAUAUUCUCUCGGGCUGCUUCAAAAGUACCGAAGAAAAAAUCAAAAUUAACACAAAGAAGCUCUAACAAGUAUUUUUUGUUUGAUUCGGUAUCCGAUCAGAAGGAAGUUGAACAAGUGAUAGAUAAUUGGGAUCAGGGUGAACAUUUGUUAAUUAAGGACACCUUCACCAAAAUCCCAAAGGCUUCCCAUAAAAGGGAUGUUCGGCAUAAUAAUGAUUUGUCACGAAAUAAGAGCUCUAAAAUCAGCAGUAAAAAGGCACCUUCUGAGGACUUUAUAAAAUCCAAUUCGUCGACGGGAAAGCAGAAGGAAAUUUCACAGAAAAGAGAGAAGUUUUUAGCUUUGUUUUCUUACCCUAAAACUCAGAGACAGAAACAAAAGCAACCAUAUACUUUCCCUCAAAGUUCCAUGGAUAAGCUUUUCGUUGAUAAACCUGAAGAUUCGCUAAAGAGUGUUCAUAGCUCUUUAGGGAAUAAGGGUAGUCUGAACUCUAGUCAUUUGCUUAAUCCUAACCAGAACGACUCGAAAACGGUGCCGUCCAUCUUUAGUAAAUUACCGAGAAAACAGAAAGCAAACCGUAUCCUUCGCGAUGAUUAUGGUCAGCUAAUUUUCUCUUCCAAAGGAUCUAAUAGUUCACCUAGCAUCGAACAUUUCUUUAAAGUUGGCUCUUUUUCUGUUACUUUUAAUGUGGUUCCCUUUAAGUCUGGUAUUAGUCUACCAGAGGGUAGCCUUCUUCGGAAUGGAUACUUAGAAAAUAUAUUAAAGAGGGAAUCAGCGAAUCCUACGAAACGUAUUUAUGCUUUUUCUCGUCAUUUUAGCGUCUCUGACGAGGUAUCAAAGACAAACAGCCAGUUAGAAGAAGCUUUCGAAUUAAUAGUGGAUCUACUCCCGGUGUUUAAUAAUAACUAUGCUAAAGAUGCUUAUGAUCUCUUCUCGUUUUGCUCUGGUUAUUUGCUCAAUCUGCAACUGUCUGAUCAAACAAACAUUGCCAGCCAAAGUUCCUCUUUUCUGGAAAUGUUUACUAAGUUUUUUGAUCGAUGCAUGUCAACUAUUUCUUUAAAAGAGAGUCAGUUUUUCUUUAAACUGAACAUUCUUUUUUUAACGUUUCAGUUUCUUUACUGUGCACAAUACGAGAUUAUUAGCUCUUCGUCUAGAAAUUCCAUACGUUUGGCAAGAGAGUUGAUAAGUAAGCUGCUGAGUUAUGGACAGACUGAUUUGUUAGAAUGCUACCGUUGUCUUAGAUCUUCGACUGAACCAACAAACCCCUUCUCAGUGAUUUCUUUGGAGACAUGGAUCAUUUUGAAUAAACUUCUGAUUCUUAGUACUGGAAAAUACGGAAGUUUAUGGGAGCAGGUCGAUAAUUAUUUGAGUUUGGAUGGCCCUGAGUUAUCAAUUUUAGAGAUGGAAAAGAUAUGGUACAUUAUAAUCACAGUAUCUCCAGUGUUUCAGUUUAAUGACCUCGGUGUCGCCGGAAGCCCUACCAGUCAUAGUUAUUGGCCUCUCGUUCUCAAAACGUGCCGAAGUACCUUUGAAAGACAAAAGAAGGGCAUCGAUCCUAAAGUCACAGAACGUUAUUUACGAGUUUUAUUGUUAAGAAUUAAUCUUUUGAUAUCUGAAUGGUUUUGGUCAGAAGUAGCAUCCGUUUUAACUGCUAUCUUUGACUUCUUCAGUCAUCGUAAAUUUAUUGAUCUUUCUUAUGAGUCAUCCGAAGAUGUUGCUUCAGAAUUUCCAGAUUUUAUAAAAUCACUGGACAGGUCUCCCGAUUUGCACAUAAGUGCGCUUGAUACGUGUUUUGUCAUUUUUCUCAAAACAGUGAUUAUUUCAAUUCAAAGGCUAAAAUGCGAUUCUAAAAACACUUCGAUAAUACGUCGAAUCGUUUCAAGACUUCAACCACUUCAUGCCCGACAGUAUAGAAGAGAGAUUCCUUUCUCAAUGAAAGACUAUAUGUCUCUCGAACAUACACAUACUCUAUUAAUAUCAUUGUUUUGGGUUGCUCCAGAGAACUGCAAACCAAACGUAAAUGGAAUACGAGACAAUGUCAUAUUUGAAGGCUCGCAUCUCAAAGCGCGAUUAAUUAGUUUAAAGGCUUGGCAAUAUUUGAUGCGAUAUAUACUACUGUAUGGAUCGGACGCUCAAUUGGAUGCCUGUAUGAACUGGCUUGAUUCGUUAAUGGAAGUCACUUUGAACGAAUACUUAUCAUUGGUAUUCUCAGAUCAGGGUCUCGAUGAAAUUGAACUUAUUGCUUAUUCCCAAGGCCAAUUGGAAGACUUCCUAUUAGUGGCCUUUUACUCGCUUCAAGCUUUAAUACCAAAUCCUUCAGUAUACAUUCGAAGAAUAAACUGUUUGCUGACGUUUCACUGUAGUCAAUUCAUAUUUCAGAAUUCGUCAAGUUUGCCCUCAAAGGUUAUACUUGAAUGUACUUAUUUUUUAAAAAAAUUUCUCACUUAUCACUCUGCCUGUCAAUUACCUCGUGAUAAAACAGUAACUAAUGUCGUCUCUGCUGAUAGUCAAGAUGCUUAUUUCGAAAAUGACUACAUUGAUGAUACUGAAUUAAUGAUCGAGCAAGAAAAAUUUGAACGAAUUUGUGAACUAGCUAAACUGUUAAGGAAGCAUGUUUCACCUUACCUAUAUCAGACUAUAUCUACAUUAGUAGGAAGCGAUGAAAGUGAAUACAAAUCAUUUCGUCCUGUAUUAAUUCCUUUAAUGGAAUGCAUGGCACUUUGCGCUAGCUCUGCAGUUGAAGCUAAAAUUAACGAUUGGAGUUACUAUGUGGAUUUUGGUUCUGAAUCUUGGGAACGAAUCCGCAAUACACGACUGAAGCGAUCACUAAGCAGCCAAUUUUAUUCUAUUCUUAUAGAAACUAAUGUUUCGUUUUUAGUCGACCAGCGAGAAAAAGUCGUGACUGUUUGGUUUGAAUCACUGGGUGCUUUACAUGAUUCGUACGCUGCCUCAUUUACCUUACUUCUUUUGGAGAAAGAUAAUAAUAACCCAUUAUUAUUUAACCUACCAAUUAUACUAGACGAUCAUGAGGCAUUCCACCGCCAAUUCAAGUCAGUUCAACUAAGCUUAAUUUCUUCUGUCCUUGGAAAUAUGGCAAAGAUUUACGACGAUGUAAAAAACAACUACAUGGAAAGUCAGCAAUACUAUCAAAUACUUUUUCUUCAGUAUUUAAGCUCAUUGUUAGCAUCCAUGCAAAGCAGUUAUGAAAGUCUUGUUUAUUCAGGUGAUGAGCAUUCCAUAUUCAUUUCAUCCGCGCAAAGGGUUGUGGGUGACAUUCUUCAAUAUUGUAGUCCCUUUGCUAAUGAAAGGAAUUUGGCAGGACUCCGUUACUUUAUGGACUCUGCAAGGUUUCCUCAACCACCGGAGCGUUUAGAAUACGCCGCUUUUCGACUACGAAGUUAUGCCCGUAAAAACUUAGCCUCAAACUCUUCUCGAAGCGCCUUAUUCAGUUUUUUAAAGGCAAACUUCGAUGUUGCCCUAUUAGAGCAAAAGCAGAAAGAUAUAAUGAAUCUCUUAACUCUUGCUAUGGGAAGUUACAGUCUAGAUGCCAACGACCAUUGGGAUGUUGAAGUCUCUACAUUACGAAAAUUUUGCCUAAAAGACCUUUUGUUGAAUUACUUAAGCGUCAAGUCUUUAGUGGCAUCAUUCUAUUCUUCUUUGCUGCUUGACUGUCUAACUCAAGUUUAUAGCAGCUUUCAGUACGUAUAUCUUAACGAAGAACAUCAGAUAAAGAUUUGUGAAGAGGUUUAUACAUCUAUUUCUGCGUUGGAGAAUUUUGCCUUAUUGUACUCAUCUUCGAAUCCUGUCAUUGCUGGUAAAAUAUAUCAUCUUCUAUCUGCUGUAUCAAAAUUUGCAUUAGUAAAGACUGAUAACCGUUUUGUCUUAGAUCUUCAAAACUAUUUGGGAAAAUUAAGUCGGGAGUUUUUGUUAGAGCUUUGUUGGAUUUUACAAAGUCAAGAGUACCCUCCACCUUUUUGUCAAGAGGUAUGUCCACAGUCUAAACUCUUCAGCUCAAUUGAGCAGCACUGUAAGGCUGACUGGUACGAAAAUAUUGAUAAUAUUGUUCACAAAGUUAGAAAAACCAAGUUGCAUUUGCCCUCCGUUGUCGAACAGGAAUCUACGAAGUGGAAUGCUUUAAUAGAACUUUUUGUUCAAUCAUGGAAAAGGAAACCGGAUAUUUUGGAACCAGAAUUAGAGACCUUUUAUAGAAAUGUGCGUUUACAUCAUAAUUCUCUAUCAGAUUUACCCUUUCAGGUUAGUGAUGUUCUAGCCAGAAUAGACCGUCUUUGGAUUAUUGAGGGUAUCAGUUUGCAUGACAUGUAUAUAUAG